GAAACCAACACAGAAACCAACACAGAGCUGAUCUCCAGGAGCAACAGCAUAAAUGUAAUCAAAGUGGGAAUAAUUUCUGCCAGAAAUUACAUCCCACUCAGCUUCAGAGAAUUCAGUUAGAGAAAAUGUUUGAAUGUGAUGUAUGCGGUAAAACGUUCUAUAAAAAGUCUAAUCUCACUAAACAUCAGAAAGUACACACUGGAGAGAAACCCUAUGCACGUGAUGAACGUGAGAAAUCCUUCUGCCAUAAAUCAGGCCAUACUAUUCAUCAGAGAAUCCACACUGGGGGAAAGCCCUAUGAAUGUAAUGAAUUUGGGAAAUCAUUCUGCCAGAAUUCAGCCCUCACUGUUCAUCAAAGGAUUCACAAUAGGGAGAGACCUCAUGAAUGCAAUGAUUGUGGUAAAACCUUCCAUAAGAAGUCAGUACUCACUGCACAUCAGAGAACUCACACAGGAGAGAGACCUUAUGCAUGUAAAGAAUGUGGGAAAUCCUUUGGACACCGGCCAGCCCUCACUGUACAUCAGAGAACUCACACAAGAGAUAAACCUUAUAAAUGUAAUGAAUGUGGGAAAUCCUUCUGUGUGAAGCCAAAACUCACUGUACAUCUGAGACUUCACACAGGUGAGAAACCCUAUGAAUGUAAAGAAUGUGGUAAAACUUUCUACCAGAAGUCAAAACUCACUGUACACCAGAGAACUCACAAAGGUGAGAAACCUUAUAAAUGUGACGAAUGUCAGAAAACCUUUUGUGAAAAGUCAACCCUCAAUAGACAUCAGAGAACACACACAGGAGAGAAGCCCUAUGGAUGUAAAGAAUGUAGGAAAACUUUCUUCCAGAAGUCAGCCCUCACUGUACAUCAAAGAACUCACACAGGAGAGAAGCCCUAUGAAUGGAAUGAAUGUGGAAAAACCUUUUGCCAGAAAUCACACCUCAGCAAACAUCAGAGGACUCACACAGAGGAGAAAUCAUGUAUGGCAGAGACUGGCUGUCUGUACACCCAAACUCACUUUCUUUUUCUUUGGGGCACACAGUUAGCCUGCAUUUCUCAGCCUUCCUUUACUGUGGGUGGGACCAUAUAACUGAGCUGUGGCCAGGAGAAUUUGAACACAAGCAAUAAACAUUAAUUCCAGGCCAGGCCAGAAGAAAAAAACCAAAAACCUUCCAUGCAUUCCUGCUGACUUUUUAUGCCCUGUGAUUCUGAAGCGCAAAUCUGCUCCCCACACCCCCACCCCAGUUUGCCUUGGGAGCCACUGGGUGGAGAUGGCAAUCAUGACUUAAGACAGAAAAAAUUGAUUAUGAUUAUGGAGAGCAGAAAUUUUCCCAACUCUACCAAAAAAAAU